AGAGAGAGAGAGCAGUAGAGAAGAUGGAAUAUAGAGAGAGAGGAAUGAUUCAAGUAUUUUUCUAGAUUUAGUCUUUAUUACUCUCCACCUAGCCAACUCCUGCUCCCACUGUUUUAUGUUCCAUCAUUUAAUUUAAUUUAAUUUAAUUCCAAAAAAAAAAAGGGAAUCUUUCAUCGUUACUACCAAAACACAGAAAACAGAAUCCUAUGUUCAUUUGCUUUUCUUGAAUUCUCUGGAUUAUACAGAAUCAUCAGCUAGAACAGGUUAGAGAAUUUCCACUCUACAUUUUCAAGAACUCGAGGGUUUCUUCAGCUCUUUUCGCAAUAUUCAGCACAUGGAAUCUUCACCUCCAAAGUCGAAGCACGGCCAAUCGCACCGCCCCUUAACUCCACUACGAGCAAUACGAGGCGUUCUCUGCCUAAUCAUCCUAGUCUCGACAGCAUUCGUACUACUAAUCUACUGCGGCUUCUGGACAGCUGUCCCCCUGCGAUUGGUCGACGUACAUUACAGCCGAAAGGCGACCGCGUACUUCUUCGGGAGCUGGAUCGCACUCUGGCCGUUCUUGUUCGAGAAAAUAAACAAGACGAGGGUAGUUUUUUCGGGCGACUCCGUCCCGAAAAACGAACGAGUCUUGAUUAUUGCUAAUCACAGGACCGAAGUCGAUUGGAUGUACUUGUGGAAUCUCGCGUUGAGAAAAGGGUGCGAGGGUUAUAUUAAGUAUAUACUUAAAAGUAGUUUGAUGAAAUUGCCCGUUUUUGGUUGGGUUUUUCAUGUGAUGGAAUUUAUUCCCGUCGAGAGAAAAUGGGAGGCCGAUGAAUUGAAGAUGAAGAAUAUGCUUUCGGGUUUUAGAGACGAGCGGGAUCCUCUUUGGCUUGCUGUUUUUCCCGAGGGCACUGAUUUCACUGAACAAAAGUGCGUUCGGAGUCAAAAGUAUGCUUCGGAAAAUGGACUGCCUAUUAUGAAGCAUGUGUUGCUUCCGAAGACCAAGGGGUUUUAUGCUUGUUUGGAUAAUUUGAGGGACUCGUUGGAUGCAGUUUACAACAUCACAAUAGGGUACCGCCACAAUUGCCCGUCUUUCAUGGACAACGCAUUUGGGGUGGACCCCGCCGAAGUUCACAUCCACGUACGUCGCAUUCCUCUCGGUGAAAUCCCGAAAUCCGAAAAACAGAUAUCUUCGUGGCUGAUGAAUAUAUUCAAGCUCAAAGAUCAAAUGCUGUCUGAAUUUUACACAAAGGGUCAUUUUCCUCACGAAAGAACAGAAACGGACCUUUCGACUGUCAAGUGUUUAGUGAACUUCGUUUUUGUAAUGAUCUUGACAGGAACAUGCGUAUUUCUUACCAUUUUUUCAUCGGUUUGGUUCAAAAUAUACGUAUCGUUAGUUUGCGCUUACAUGGGCUCGGCUACUUAUUUCAACAUUCGGCCCUCGCCUAUCGUUGUUUAGAGAAAAAGCGUAGAUAUAUAUUUAUAUAGACUUUAUAUGAAGUGAGAUUUCGUUUACGGACGUUAUUCUAGACUAUGUACUUGUUCUUUUUCUAUACGGAGCAAUAUUUCGUUUAUGGUUU